AUGCCCAACGAAAUCAAAGACAUCAGCACCCGCGACGACUCGUCAUUCCCCUACAUCUUCGAGCAAAAUGUCUCCAUCACCCUGAAAGACAACUCGGGCUUAGUCCGCGCAAACGUCUACCGUCCCAAGGGCACCGAAAAGGUUCCUGUCCUAGUUACCUACGGACCAUAUGGCAAAGACAUUCCGUACAAGGACUUCCACCCGCAAAGCUUCAGCGAGGUGAACCCCGAGCAACGCAGCGAGCACUCUGCAUGGGAAACGCCAGACCCGAAGUAUUGGACCAGCCAGGGCUAUGCAGUCGUCCGGGCAGACGAGCGCGGAACAGGCCAAUCGGUCGGGAAACUCGAUACCAUGUCCCGGGGGACAAGCGAGGCCUUUUUUGACGUGGUUGAAUGGGCCGCUGAGCAACCCUGGUCCUCUGGAAAGGUCGGACUGCUGGGCAUCAGUUACUUCGCCGGCAGCCAGUGGCGCGUCGCAGCACGGCAACCAAAGGGACUGGCGUGUAUGAUUCCCUGGGAGGGAAUGUCCGAUUACUACCGCGACCGCUGCCGGCACGGCGGGAUUUUAUCGAAUGCCUUCAUCAAGUUCUGGUGGGACCGUCAAGUCGUCAGCAACCAGUACGGACGACCUGGGCGUGCCGCGCGAAACUGGGGACCUGACACGAUCGAGGGUGAUCUGUCAGAAGACGAACUUGUUCAGAACCGCCAGGACCAAACGAUCGAUAAUGUGGAGAAUAAGUUCCGUGAUGACCUCUACUACGCCUCGAAGGAGUACAGCAUGUCGGACAUCCAGGUCCCGCUCCUCUCCGUCGCAAAUUGGGGCGGGAUUCUCCUCCACCUCCGUGGGAACAUCGAGGGCUGGACGCAAGCUGGCUCAGAACUGAAAUACCUCCGCUUCAUCGCAGGCCGCCACGAUCUCCCCUUCUACUACGCCGAGGAAGUCGAGCUACAGCGCAGCUUCCUAGACGCAUUCUUGAAAGGCGACGACCGCGCCGGCUGGUCAACAGGCAAAGCACCGAAGGUCGAUCUUCUGCUUCGAAAGGGCGACGUCGGCUUCAAUAACGCUGUCGCAGAGAAGGGCUUUCCCCGACGCAUCGAGCACGAAUGGCCCAUUGCCCGAACACAAUAUACAAAGUUCUACCUCACCUCAACACGGGAACUAAUCACACACGCCCCGCUCGAAAAACCGCGCAAAAUCAGCUACCAAGCUCUGGGCACACUAGACAACCCCUCCCUAAUCCAAUUCACGUCGCCCCCCUUUGACAAAGAAAUCGAAAUAACAGGCCACAUCGUGGCGCACCUAAAUGUAUCCAUGAGCGCGAACGCCGGCGCCCCAACACCGCACGAUAUCGACCUCUUCGUGACGCUGCGGCAUAUUUCGGCGGCUGGAAAGGAGGUGCAUUACACCGGUACGGCGGGUGACCCCGUUCCGCUGUGCAAGGGUUGGUUGCGGGUGAGUAUGCGGAAGGUGAAUGAGGCGCAUCCGAGGAAUCGGGCGUGGUUGCCGCAUCGGGAUUAUUAUUCCACGGAUGUGCUGCCUGUUAUUCCAGGUGAGGUCUAUGGCGUGGAUGUGGAGGUUUGGCCGACGAAUGUGGUUGUUGAGGGAGGGGGACGGAUUGUGCUCGAGGUUGCUAGUGGCGAUACGCAGGGUUCUGGCGUUUUUCAGCAUAAUUCGCCUGCUGAUCGGUCUGUGGAGCGCUUCCAGGGUCAGAAUCAUAUUCAUUUUGGGCUUGGGGAUAACUAUGUUACGCUCCCCAUUAUCCCGUGA